AUCGAAACCAUUUUCAGAUACCACCUGCGCGACAACGUUAACAUGUCGAAUAAGCAAUUUCAUAUCUGAUGCAUUUUUCCUCUGAUAAUUGCUGGCACUGUUGACUUUUGACUUGAAAUAUUGGUUUCUUUCAUUUUCAAACCUUCCAUACAACUUGGUAAACCAUCUCAAGAUAUAAACAACACUCAUAACUCCAUCAUUCAUCAUCAAGAUGGGAACCAACUUACUAACCCAAAACCUAAGAUUAAUUUCCCUUGUCAUUUACAGCAUAAUCCUUGCCAUUGGCAACUGUGGCGGCCCUUUAAUCCUUCGUUUGUACUUUGUCAAAGGAGGCCAAAGUGUGUGGUUAUCAAGCUGGUUACAAACCGCCGGAUUCCCUAUCCUUUUGAUCCCACUCUUAGCUUCCUAUCUCCACCGCCGUCAAGCUCGAGCCAGCCGGAAGCAGCUAAUCUUGAUGGAUUUUCAGAUAUUCGCCGGGGCUGCCUUUGUCGGAACCCUAACCGGAGUAGCCAAUUAUUUUUACGGGUAUGGCGUCGGCCGCCUUCCGGUCUCCACUUCUUCCAUACUCACAGCUACUCAACUAGGUUUUACUGCCAUAUUUGCUUUCUUUAUUGUCAAGCAAAAGUUCCAUGCAUUUUCGGUCAACGCCGUCGUGUUGUUGACCGUUGGACCGCUGCUUUUGGGAUUGCACGCGAACGGUGAUCGGCCUGCGGGCGAAUCGAAUAAGCUGUAUGUUUUAGGGUUUAUAAUGAUGAUCGUGGCCGCCAUGUUGACCGGAAUUAUUUUGCCGACGGUGGAGAAAAUUUAUAAGAAGUCAAAGCAGGAAAUCACGUUUACUUUAGUUCUGGAGAUGCAGUUUGUCAUAAGCUUCUUUGCUACUCUUUUCUCAACUAUUGGGAUGAUCGCAAAUCAUGAUUUCCAGUCUAUUCCGAGGGAAGCAAGAGCAUAUGAGCUUGGGGAAGAAAAAUAUUAUUUGGUAAUAUUUUGGAGCGCCAUUAUUCUUCAAUGUUAUUUCCUGGGAUCAAUUGGAGUAAUAUUCUGCGCUUCAUCAUUGGUAUCGGCCAUUAUGAUAGCCGUGUUGUUACCAGUUACAGAAAUUUUAGCUGUUUUUUUCUUCAAUGAAAAAUUCCAAGCUGAAAAAGGUGUUGCACUUUUCCUAUCUCUCUGGGGAUUUGUUUCUUAUUUUUAUGGCGAGAUCAAACACAACAAGAAGGCCAAUAGUUUGGACAAAGAAUUGGAUGCUGCUCAAUCUCAACCAAUGUCAGAAGCCGUAAUAAGUAAUAACAGAUGUUCCAUGAUGGAAUCUAUAUAAUUGGUCAAAUGAUCUUGUUGAUCACAUGUGCUUAAAUUCAAUACUCACUUCUGCGAAGAAAUUUACAAAUAGUUAAUCGUUUGUAUUAUUCCAGUCAAUUGUGAGGGACAGUGGAUGACGGAAC